AAAAGACCCAGUUCAGGGGCCUUUGGAGAGGUCAAACUUUGGGCGGGCGCAGUAGUUUCGGAGAGAGUGGGAGGGCGAGGUUGGCUGGCCGAAGAGAGCCUGCCAAACCCAUCGUGUCCUUCCACCGGCAACGCCUCCUGCUUGGAUGCGCUUGGAUGUCAUGGGCCAGCAGCUUGGUUUGCCGGCCUGCACGCACGAUCGAGGGCCCUGCUCGCGGGAGUCGCAGCGCUGGUUUGAUUCGCUUUUUCCAGCCGAACGGCAUGCCAGUCUUUUCUGGAAUCGCCAUGCAACCAGCCUGUUCCCUGCUUCCCCCGGCGGCACAACUGCAACGGGCAGCGAUGAAUAUCACAGGGCGAUGCAGUUCACGAUGCAGCAUCAGAAGUCUGCUGGGGUUGCACAGCCAACGGCAGCGCCGCGACGGAGAUUGCAGCAAUCAGCGUGCUCCAUUCACCCAGCACAAGCCUUGACGCUGCUGCUUUUCAGCCUCGCAUGCACCCGACCAGGCCUGGCGCUGAGAGCACUGGAUGCAGCAGCCGCUAGCAUCCGUCCUGCUUCCCCUCAGCCAUCUCCUCAGCGUGGGAGGGGUUACUCCAUCACUGCGGGCUGCGCUUAAGGUGGCCCGUCUGGGAUGCAGUGCGUCGUGCGGCAAUCCUGGCUGUUAGUUUAGGCACCGCCGAGAAAAAGCAGAAGUAUCCUUUCUCAUCAGGUGGAGUCUGGCUCUGAAACGGUCUAGGAUGCUAACUUUCAACAAAAUUCGUGAGCGACAUGCAGCAUGCUAAUGCCUCCACUGAGCCG